CUGACGCAGAGCUCCGCUCGCGCGCAGGAAGGGACUCGGGCACCAGCUGCACUAUCUCGGAUGCUGACCGGCAACUUGGAACAACUUUAAGAUCCGACCAUUCCUCCAGUCCGUGCGGACUCUGAGCAAGUGGGCAAGCGAGAAGAUGCCUCGGCCGGGCCGCAACACGUACAGCGACCAGAAGCCGCCCUACUCCUACAUCUCGCUGACCGCCAUGGCCAUCCAGAGCUCUCCGGAGAAGAUGUUGCCGCUCAGCGAGAUCUACAAGUUCAUCAUGGACCGCUUCCCCUACUACCGGGAGAACACGCAGCGCUGGCAGAACAGUCUGCGCCACAACCUCUCCUUCAACGACUGCUUCAUCAAGAUCCCGCGGCGGCCGGACCAGCCGGGAAAGGGCAGCUUCUGGGCGCUGCAUCCCAGCUGCGGGGACAUGUUCGAGAACGGCAGCUUUCUGCGGCGCCGCAAGCGCUUCAAGGUGCUGAAGUCUGACCACCUGGCGCCCAGUAAACCAGCGGACGCCGCACAGUACCUCCAGCAGCAGGCUAAGCUGCGGCUCAGCGCGCUGGCCGCCUCCGGCACGCAUCUGCCGCAGAUGCCGGCAGCUGCCUACAACCUGGGCGGUGUGGCGCAGCCCUCCGGCUUCAAGCAUCCCUUCGCCAUCGAGAACAUCAUCGCGAGGGAGUACAAGAUGCCUGGGGGACUGGCCUUCUCUGCCAUGCAGCCAGUUCCCGCUGCCUACCCGCUCCCCAACCAGUUGACUACUAUGGGCAGCUCUCUGGGCACAGGCUGGCCACAUGUAUAUGGUUCCGCGGGUAUGAUCGACUCGGCCACUCCCAUCUCCAUGGCGAGUGGCGAUUACAGCGCCUAUGGAGUGCCGCUGAAGCCUCUGUGCCACGCCGCGGGCCAGACACUGCCCGCCAUCCCGGUGCCCAUCAAGCCCACGCCGGCCGCAGUGCCCGCGCUGCCCGCGCUACCCGCGCCCAUCCCCACCCUGCUCUCGAACUCGCCGCCUUCGCUCAGCCCUACUUCCUCUCAGACAGCCACCAGCCAAAGCAGUCCUGCCACCCCUAGCGAGACACUCACCAGCCCGGCCUCCGCCUUGCACUCGGUAGCGGUGCACUGACCCAAGAGAAGCUGGGGCUCUCUCUUGGUCACCUCUACACUACCCCUCUCACCACUUCUCCGGGUCCAGCCCUCUCCGACCUAGAACCGCUAUCCUGACUUGCUCAUUCCACCUUCCUCCUUCAAUCCUCUCUCCUAGGAGAACUUUUGGUUUUGAACCCAGAAGACAAACCACAAACUUGCCAGAAGGCGCGUGAAAGUUGUCUUCGCCCUUCCAGGGCACCAGAGAACAUAAGGGUUAACCCAAGCCAAGCGGCCCCUCCAGAGUUCCA